AUGUCCAAAGAGGUAGCGGAGGAGUAUGCGUCGAGUCUGGCGGAUCUAACCGUCAACAGCAAACCUCUAAUAAAUAUGUUAACUAUCCUGGCGGAAGAGAAUAUCGACCACGCCGGGGUUAUCGUUGAAACAGUGGAGAAGCAUUUAGAGAAGGUUCAUCCUGACAUCAAGCUGCCAGUACUGUAUUUAGUCGAUUCCAUUAUCAAGAAUGUCGGUGGUGCCUACACACAGAAGUUUUCUGAGAGCAUCGUCAAUAUGUUUACGAAGACAUUCAAACAGGUGGACGAGAAGGUCAGGUCGCAAAUGUUCAAGUUGCGGGAGACUUGGCAUGAUGUGUUUCCUGCUAAAAAGUUGUAUCAGCUGGAUGUGAAGGUUAACUUGAUCGACCCCGCAUGGCCAAUACAAGCCCAACCUCAGCAGUCAAACAUCCAUGUAAAUCCAAAUUUUCUGAAAAAGCCGGUGACUGCAACUACCAGUAACAAUGCAACUCCAGCACAACCCUCUGAAGAGGACGAGAAGAUGCGCAGUAUUCUCGCCAAAAAAGAGCAAGAGCUGCUCAUGCUACAGAGGAAGAAAGUGGAGAUGGAGCUUGAACAGAUGAGGCGUCAAGUGGAAAUAGCUGAAAAGACAGUGAAAAAGGUUCCAACAAUAACUGUGGUGAAUAACCUAGCCACGGCCAUUCCAGCGGCGGUAACUCCCGCACCACCAGUUGUCUCAGAAGCACCUGGAAACAUUCCGGUCAAGCAACGUUUGGGCCCACCGGUGAACAAAGCGACGGGUCGCAUCGCACCCGUGAGUGGAGCACUAAUCUCAGCGCGCCGAGACCCCAGGCUCGCGCGGCACCAACCGCCCGCCGCAGCCCUCCCGGCGCCGCCCGUGGCCGUGGUGGCGCCCGCCGCCCCCGCCCCGCCCGCCCCGCCAGCGCCCAUCGCGCCCAACGUGUUCGAUAUCAAACCUCUCGAACGUGUCACUAAACGCAAGAAUGUAAUCACCAUUGACGUCAGGCCCGACGACGCCACGCGAACUGUGCGCGAUCCGCGGCGUCGCGACCCCAGACUCGAUAAGCGUGAUCCGCGACGGGCUCAGCGUGAGCGACGACGGGAGGAGCAGCGCAGGGCUCAGGUCGAAGAGAAAUUGGAUUCGGACCGAGGAACCGCUACCGCCUAUGUGGAUAAUCUCCCCGACCCGAAAAAAAUAAGCAAACUGCCACCUAUUCCUAAAAUUAAUCGGUCGGUCGAGAAACGGGACGCGAACGUUCCGAAUCCAAAUAAACGGAAAAGGGACGCCCGCGCAGAGAGACGAAAGCGCCGGGAAGAAGAAGCGCCGAAAGAGUCCGAACGACCCACGCCCAAGGAGUCUCCGGCUCAGGCGAGUUCGCCUGAUAAAAAAUCUCGAAAGGAGGCGAAGGAACCUCGCGAGCGUGUGACUCCUCCGGAGCCCGAGCCGAAGCCCCCGUCGCCCGAAGUCGUCGCGUUCAAGGAGCUCCGCAACUACCACAAGGAGAGAUACAUGCGCCGCAAUCGCGAGAAGUCCGACAGCCCCGAAGCCGUAGUGGAACCGCCGCCCACAAAUGUGCCCGCAGAAGUCGUUGUCGAAAAUAAGGAUAUUGAUCUUAGGGUCUUGCAUCCUGUCGUCACCGAGUCCAAAGCUUCCCCGGUUGCUCAGAAGAGGCACUCUACUGAAAACGUGGAAGUUAAAGCCAAGAAGAAUAAAAUUGAUAAAUUUGACGUCCUAUUCGGUAACGAGGAUGUCGAUCUUCGUAAGCUCCCACAAGUCGAGGAAAUUAAUGCUCCUCCUCCGCCCUCCAUCACAUCAUCACCGAAGUCUGAUAGUAAAGACGAUGAACAAGAAGCUCCAAUGUUAUCACCGAAAGGUUCCCCAAAGAGAGAUUGGCAUGAAGUGAAGAAACGAGAUGAUAAAAAGACACCUUCGAAGUUAGAUUUGGUGAGGGCAAAACUUGCAGAAGCUACGAAAGGAAAAGACAGGCUUGGAAGGCCAUUGCUGUUUAGUAAAUCACCAAGUCUUGAAAGGGAAAGGCGUCGCACUCUUAGCGGCGAAGAUAUUGAUCUUCGUGCUGAAGAUCAGGAUUUCGACAAGAACUUCAACAUGACUACUAAUAAAAAAUCAAUAUCUAUCAUCAUGUCACAGGCUAAAGAGCAUUUGAACGAUGGCCAACUUGAUAAAAAUCAAUACAAUACACUCAUGUACCAAGUACUGCAGUUGAACGAAAGACUGAAACUCAAUGAAGCAAAGCAAAGGGAGUCGCUAGAAAUUUCAAAGAGAAAGCUCAAUAAUGCUAUUCACGAUUCAAACCACAAAGUAAUGAGCCCUAAGUCUUCCCCGAGCGAGAGAAAUAAUUUCGGAGACAUAGAUGAAAGAAUAACUCCCUCCGUGUUCAUGAAGUCACCACCUGAUAGCCAAGGACUGCAGGAUUCCGACAUGAGGGUAGUCCCAAAUUGCGAUGGCGUUGAUGGUCCUAAGCAUGGAUUACUACCUCUCCCACCCCCAAUGCCUAUGUACGGCCCGUACCCUCCGAUGUGGCGAGGUCAGCAGCGACCUAGAGGAGAUGAUUUUGGUUCUAGGAGGUAUAGAGGUCAAAUGCCUCCUUACUUUAGAGGAAAAUUCGAUAAGAGGGCUCCAAGGCCUCCUUUUGUUGAACCUCCACGAAUGCCAAUUCCACCGUUACCUACACCUAAACUCGGCAUUUGUCAAGGCCAAUGUCCUCUUGCACCUUACGAAAGGGUAGAGUCUCCUCCCCCUCUGGGUGCUCCAAGUUUCCCUAUUCCACCCACCGAUUUCAAAGUUCUGGAAUAUAUAGAACAAGAUCCAGUCAAAACAAUUCAAAUUGAUGGCGUUCCUAGAGAGAUAAGAUUCUAUGGCGAUACAGCAGUAAUAAUGUUGGAGUGGGAUGAUCCUAGAGAAAUUAAGUUCUUACCAGGUUGUCGAAGAGUAACAUUUGACAACAAAGACUCCAUAGUUCUGACAUUUAAUGAAGAUUAUAAGCAAGUAGAUAUUGAUGACCAAGUAUUCGACAUCAAAUUCGGUGCACCUACAAGAGAAUUGUACAUAAAUGGUUGUUGGUAUGAAUGUUUCUUCGGGGGACAACCAUUUGGUGUAAUUAUUGACGGAAAGCCAAGAUUAGUUCAUUUAGAAGGACCCAUGCCUCAAGUUGAUAUUGGCAAAAUAAAACGCACAGAUUUAGUUGCUGGCAAAAUUAAUCUUAUAGUGAACGCUACUCAAAUGUUUCCUAUAUAUUUGGAUGCCAAAGUCCAAAAGAUAUUAGUCAAUGGUCAAUUUUUAACUAUUCGCUUUGUGGACUCGUUAAGAACUGUUUUGAUAAACGAGCAGCCAUUUAAAGUAGCAUUUGGUGAAUUGCCAAAACCAAUAUUCGUUGGUAAAGAAAAGUAUUUCAUUAGAUUCUCGGCAUUACCUAGAAAUGUUAAACCUGGAUACAUUCAGAUCACUAAUAUGGAAGGUGUUGGUUUGCCAUUGGUGCCACCUGUUGAAAAAGUUGAGGUCCAGGUUCCAGAGAAUAAUGCUAUGGAAACUGAUCCAGAACCAGAAAACAGACCAAUGAAGAGUCCAAGCCCAGACAACAACACUGAGAGCUUAGGUCUCGAUAUGCUAGCGAGUGUGAUGCCAUCAAGCGUCGUCGAAGCUUCCAGCUCGGAAUAUAGCCUCGCGGAACCUUUAUUCUCCAAGCCUGACACGAUCCCAGGUCUGGAAAUCCCGUCAGAGGAAAAACCACUUAAUCCUCCACUAGCACUUCCUAUGAACAUUAACGUUAAUGAUUUGUUCGCUAAAUUAGUAGCGUCUGGCAUAGUUCAGGUGCCGAGCGAACCUAAGACUGAGAAUAAAGAAGAAAAGGUCGAAGAAGUUAAACAGAAGCCUCGAGAAGAUAAAAAUGUGAUUCAUCGAGUAGAUUUCAUGAAACCUGAAACAUUGAGAGUUAAGCAACCCGGGCUGGUGUCGCGGCUGUACGGCGGCAUGCAGUGCUCGGGCUGCGGCGCGCGCUUCCCCCCGGAGCACACGGUGCGCUACUCGCAGCACCUCGACUGGCACUUCCGACAGAACCGCCGCGACCGCGACUCGGCGCGACGGGCGCACUCGCGCCACUGGCACUACGACCUGUCCGACUGGGUGCAGUACGAGGAGGUCGAGGACCUGGAGGAGAGAGAAAAAAGUUGGUUCGAGACGGGCGGCGCGGUGGGGGCGAGCGCGGCAGGGGCGGAGGGCGGCGAAGGGGGGGGCAGCCCUAGCGCCGCGGAGGCGCCCUCGGCCGCCGCCAGCGCGCCCGCCGCGCACACGUGCGCGCUGUGCGGGGACCCGUUCCAGCAGUUCUACAACGAGGACAAGGAGGAGUGGCACCUGCGGAACGCCGUCAAGCACGACGACGACUACUACCAUCCGCUCUGCUUCGAAGACUACAAGACGUCAUUGAAUAAAGAAGAACCGGCCAAAGAAGAGUCUUCGGAUGACGUCACGCCCGUCGAGAAGAUGGAGGAAGAGGCGAUCGAAAUCAAGGACGUCGACGAAACGAUCGAUGACCAAUCGGAUAAUGAAUCUGUUGUGGAAGUCGUUGAAGAUAAAGAUGUGUCCGAGCCUGUGGAGAUUGUCGAAGAAGAAGAUGAUGAAGGCGAUGAGGAUGACGUUGUUUUCAAAGCGGACCCGGUGGAGGAAGUGGUCGUAGAUGAUGACAACGACACCGACGAUGAGACCACCGCUACCAGAGCUGAGAGGGACCGCCAGGCUGAAAUAGACUUUAGCAAGAUUAAAAUCAAACAGGAGCCUAUAGACCCAGACGACGAACCAAUUAUAACAGCAGAAGAAUCGACGAUCCCUGCUUCUGUGGACACGACGCACGCGACUGUAGAGUCAUCUAUCGACGGCAACUUGCAACUGGACGCAGCUAACUCUCCCGCCAACACCCUACCAGUCGGCGGAAUCCGUAUCAACAUUUCCAAGUCACUACCAACAUUCGUAUCUACCAAUCACGAACAGGAUAAAAACUUACUGGAGGACGUUAGCGCAGACGACGAGCCACUACCGCCGGGUGAAGAGCCGGAGCUCGAAUAUAAGUUGAAGCCUUCUUUAGAAGGUAUUCAAUUUAGCAGACAACCUCCUGUGUGUAAAGGCAAUGAACUGUCGGGAUUAUGUUCAAUUAUGUAA